AUGUUAAACCAAAGUUGGGGAGUUGAACUUUGGGAUCAAUUCGAUAACGUAUCGAAAUACACGGACAAAAGUUUACAAUUCUGUGAAAAAUAUGAAUCCUUUCUCAAAGAUCGUUGUACAGUCGAAGAUGAAUAUGCCAAAGCAUUGAAAAAGUUAACUAAAACCUACACACCAAAAUUAAAAGAUCAAGAAGAAUUCUACAACAAAUAUACAUUUACGAUUGCAUUUUGUUCGGCGUUGAAAGAACUGCAAGAUCUUGCAUCUCAACAUGAAUUGAUCGCUGAAAACAUUCGUGAACGUUCAGUCAAGCAAAUUCAAAUAACAGUCAAAGAAUGUCGCGAACAACGAAAGAAAUGCUUAGACGAAUAUACGAAAAUCAAACGUCAGCUCGAUAAACAACAUGAACUAAUGAUUAAAUCUUUGCGAAAAUAUGAAGAAUGUCAUGAAUCUGCACGUCGUGCCAAAGAAAGCUAUGAAAAAGCUCAUGAAGAUCUUGAUUUAUCGCGUGCACAGCUCGAGAAAGCUCGUGACACGAUGACAUCGAAGACGAAAAUAUGUGAUGAUGCGCAUACGAAUUACUCCUCUCAAGUCUCUCUUUUCAAUGAUACUCAACGUUUAUUCUACGAAAGACAACUACCGAGUAUUCUAACGGAUUUGCAACAAUUGGAUAAUAAACGUUCGGAUGAACUAAAAGAUGUUUAUAUUAAAUUUAUUCAAUCACACGCAGAAGUUUUACCAAGGAUACAACGGUGUUUAGAUGAAAUGACCAAACAGACUGAACAAUUGAAUGCUUGUACAGACGCACAAGUUGUCAUUGAAGAAUACAAAUCUGGCUAUGGAAUACCAGAAGAUGAAAAAGAAAUCGAUCUAAAUGCAAUGGAUUUCCCGUCGAUACUACUGAAUGGAAGUAGUAAUGGACAUGAUCAGCAAGUUUAUAAUAUGAAUUUACACAACUCUCACCAUCCGACACCCAUGGAAUUAGCCCGAUCGAAUACGUUGAGAAGUUCGGGAAGUGAUCAUAGUAAUCAAAAUGGCGUCGCCACGAUUUAUGCCGUUGGUAAUGCCAGUGGUCAUGUUAAUGGCACACAAACAUUGAUGACGACACCAGCGAUGGGUUCAAGAAAAACAGUGGGAAGCAAAAGUAGUGGAACAGCAAGUACAAUCAGAAAAAUCUUUGGAAGUUCAUCUCAAAGAAAACCGGCAAAUAAUGGCAGUGCAAUAUCAUCUACAGUCAACACACCUUAUAGUUCCUUGCCACCGGCUCAACGUUUGAAAAAAUUUCAAGAACAAAUCAUCAACUGCAGAAGCGAACUGGAAAAAGAGCAAAAAGCCAAAGAAGGUUUGGCUAAAAUGCGACUCGUUUUUCAAGAAAAUCCCAAAUUUGGUGAUGAACAAGAUGUUACACAGCAGAUUGUGGCCAUUGAUGAACAUAUUGAGAAAUUAUUAGCCGAAAUCAAACGAUUCGAAUCAUACAUUGCCGAAAUUGAACGAACACGAGCUCCAAGUACAUCGGAAUAUGAUUCCGCAUCUCGUAUACGAACUAAUUAUGGUUCCGAUCAAUCAAUUGGCACGGUUAACAAUAACAAUUCACAACCAAGUACACCCGGCGAGAAUCGAAGUCCGCCGGAUUUAACGGAAAACUUAACACCUACGCAAGAAUUUCAUCGUUUACCAUCGGUGACAUCCAUAACGUUGCAUCAAAACAAUAUGACUACAAAGCUAUCGUUAGACACGAUAACCAACGACGAACACAAUGGUUCAUUCGAAGACGAAAGUCUCGACGAUGAAAAUUCGAAUGCGAUCGAUCAUUCCGAUAGUUUAUAUCAACCACAAAUCAACGGUGGAGCAAUUCGGAAAGCUUAUGCAUUGUACGAUUUCACUGGUCACGGUACUAAUGGUUGUCAGUAUGUGAACGCAGCAUCAAUCUUUGUCGGUGAAUGUGUUGACAUCUUAGAAGAUGAUCAAGGAGACGGCUGGACACGUAUACAAAAGCCAGAUGGUUCAACUGGCUUCGUUCCUUCAUCCUAUCUUCGUAUCGAUUCUCAAAAACUUCUAUCAACCCCUCAUCCAAUUGAUUCAGGCCGUUUUUGA